GUUCUCACCACAGUCCACGGGCUGUUAAACCCUGAACCCAGCGAUCGCCACCAUGCACCUCCUCCUAACCACCAUCCGCCACCGUUGUUUAAUCCUUGUCCGCCACUACAAGCCACCGAAACCAUCAAAACCUCCGGCCCCUCCCUCCCCUCCAAAACCCCCGAAAAAAUUGCAGAGCUUUACAUUCCAUGACCACACGUGGGAGGACCCGUACAGUUGGAUGUCGAGUCUGAACGACAAAGUGGCCAUGCGCCAUAUGGACGUGUACAUGGAGCAAGAAGAGAAGUACACUGAAGCUGUUUUAUCGGACACUGAGAGACUUCAGUCUAAGCUCCAGUCCGAAAUGGCUUCUCGCCUGGCUUUCGACCUUUCCACCCCUCCCCUCCGCUGGGGUCCUUGGUUGUACUAUCGGCGGGUUGAAGAAGGAAAGCAGUAUUCUGUGUUGUGUCGGAGAUUAGCAAGCUUAAAUGAAGAAUUCAUUUCGCAUAAAUCUCCAGCAGCUGGCUUUGAUUUUACCUCUGGGAAGAAAAUUGAGCAAAAGCUACUUGAUUACAAUCAUGAAGCUGAGAGAUUUGGAGGAUAUGCUUAUGAAGAAUUAUCAGAAGUGUCACCGGAUCAUCGGUUCCUUGCAUACACCAUGUAUGAUAAAGACAAUGACUACUUUAAACUAUCUGUAAGGAAUUUGAAUUCCGGUUCAUUAUGUAGUAAGCCUCAAGCAGUUCGGGUGUCAAAUAUAGCAUGGGCCAAAGAUGGGCAGACAUUGCUUUAUGUUGUUACUGAUGACAAUAAGAGGCCGUACCGGAUUUACUGUAGCAUUAUUGGAUCAACUGAUGAGGAUGUUUUGCUUCUAGAGGAACCAGAUGAAAACGUUUAUGUUAACAUAAGACACACAAAAGACUUCCAUUUUGUGACUGUAAAUACAUUUUCAACUACUUCAUCAAAGGUCUUUCUGAUCAAUGCAGCUGAUCCAUUUGCUGGCAUGACACUAGUUUGGGAGUGUGAAGGUCUGGCCCAUUGCAUAGUUGAGCAUCAUCAAAGGUACAUCUAUUUAUUUACAGAUGCUGCCAAAGAUGGUCAAGUUGUUGAUCAUCAUUAUCUUCUUCGUACUCCUGUCGAUGCUCCCUCCAGUCCUAGAAUCUGGGAGACUGUAUUUGAUGAUGGCCAAGAUUUGGUUGUAGAAGAUGUUGAUUUCUGCAACACGCAUUUGGCGCUUAUCAUAAGGGAAGGUCAGAAAUUUAGACUUUGUUCAGUUGCUCUACCUUUUCCUGUUGGACAGGGAACUGUUCACUUGAAGGAGCUUCACCCUCAUUUCCUUCCACUUCCAAAAUAUGUGUCUCAAAUAUCACCAGGACCUAAUUAUGACUACUACUCAUCAACUAUGCGCUUCACAUUAUCAUCGCCUGUGAUGCCUGAUGCUGUUGUUGAUUAUGACUUAUCAAAUGGAAAGUGGAAUAUCAUUCAACAGCAAAAUAUGCUUCAUGAAAGGACAAGAAUUUUGUAUGGAACAGCAUCUUCUGCAGGCAUCAUUGAGAAAUCAAUGAAUAUCAAGAGUAGCAAUUCUGAGAAUGAAGUAAAACAUGAAGAUAACUUAUGGAAUGACCUAUCUGAGUUUUAUGCUUGUGAACAUCAUGAUGUCUCUUCAUAUGAUGGAACUUUGGUUCCUUUAACUAUUGUAUAUUCUCGCAAAUAUGGAAAAGAGAAUCAAAAUCCUGGAUUGCUUCAUGGGCACGGAGCUUAUGGUGAAUUACUUGACAAGCGGUGGCGCAGUGAGUUGAAAAGCCUUCUUGAUCGUGGUUGGGUUAUUGCUUAUGCUGAUGUUAGAGGCGGAGGUGGUGGGGGUAAAAAAUGGCAUCAUGAUGGCAGAAGUACAAAGAAGCUGAAUUCCAUCAAAGAUUAUAUCUCUUGUGCCAAGUUCCUUAUCGAGAAAGAGAUUGUACAGGAAAACAAACUUGCUGGUUGGGGAUAUAGUGCUGGAGGACUUUUGGUUGCUUCAGCCAUCAAUUAUCGACCUGAUUUAUUUCGGGCUGCUGUUUUAAAGGUUCCAUUUUUAGAUGCAACCAAUACUCUUCUGUAUCCCAUUUUACCACUCAUAGCUGCCGACUAUGAAGAGUUUGGGUACCCCGGAGACAUUGAUGAUUUUCAUGCCAUCCGUAAUUAUUCUCCCUAUGACAACAUUCAGAAGGAUGUUCUGUAUCCAGCGGUAUUUGUGACAUCAUCUUUCAAUACACGAUUUGGGGUCUGGGAAGCUGCAAAAUGGGUUGCAAGAGUGCGCGACUCUUCUAUUUAUGACCCCAAACGUCCAAUACUGCUCAAUUUAACAACAGAUAUAGUGGAAGAAAACAGAUACCUACAGUGCAAGGAGUCAGCACUUGAGACUGCAUUUCUCAUAAAGAUGAUGGAGGACUAACCUUACUACCAACAUUUCCUACCAAAUCAGUUGAUUUGGCCAUUUGUUGUAACGUUAAAUUCAGGGGCACUAAAGUAAUGCAUCGUUUACAUUAUUUAGGUCCCAUUUUGGUCACAGUAGAAUAAUUCAAUGUAGGGAAUCCACAUUUUUUUGGUGAUAUUGGACGAUCUGGCAAAUGUAAUUUGGUUCCUUUUGCAAAAGCAACCAAUAUAAAGAAAACAUUAAAGGCUUUUAGAUGGUGCACGCAUUAGACCUGAGUUUUGGUUGUCAGUUGCUAUCAAAUGUUUUGAGUUGUAAGUUAGUUAUCUGUACAUAUUGAUAUCAAUCUAAUUUA